AUGCCAUGGCGACGUCGAUGGCUACGUAUCCAAACAGUUUGUAUUGGCGAAGGUUCCAGAAAGGAAAACAAUAAAAAAAGGUUUUUGAGGCUUUGGUCCUGGCUGUGCUUCCAAAUUGGCGACGUUGUGAGCCAUUACAUUUCAAUAGAAAUUGUUUGGACACGUAGCCAUCGACGCCGCCAUGGUAUCCCGUGUGCUCGAAGUGUGUCAGCAGUUCCUCCAGUGAAGGUGCCCGUAAGAGCAUCGGUGACACCGCACAAGCGUCGUUACACUUACUACAAUAGAAUGUUCAAGCCAAUCGCCUACCAUCUUCCCAAACCGCUUACAAUAUCUCUUGUUUAA